AUGGCUCUUCUCGACGUCGCCGUCAUCGGCGGAGGCCCUGCGGGUCUCACUGCAGCAGCAACACUCGCCAGGCAGACACACACGGUUAUUGUAUUCGACAACAACGUGUAUCGAAACGAGGGAAGUUACCAUGUUCACACCGUACCAGGCUGGGACCACAAAGACCCCGAAGAGUUCCGUGCAACAAGCCGAAGACAGAUUGAAGAGAAUUACGAGACGGUACAGUUCGCUGAUGUCGGAGUAACUACUGUGGAGAAGAAGAGCGAUUCCUGCUUCCAUGUUAUCGACGACACAGGCAAGACGUGGGAAGCCAAGAAGUUGAUUCUGGCGAUUGGUUCGAGCGAUGUACUGCCCGAACUCGACGGAUACAGCGAACUAUGGAAGAAGAAGAUUUACCAUUGCCUCUUCUGUCUUGGCUAUGAAGACCGCGGAGCUGCAAGCUCGGGUGUUCUCGCCAUUCAAGUACUGGCUAUCAUGCCUGCUCUUGCGGUCCACAUGGCUGAUAAUGCAGCGCAACUCUCAAAGGAAGUUACCAUCUUCACCAAUGGCUCUGAAGAAGUCGCGAGACAGAUCCAAGCAAUGUGUCCAAGCUCGCCCUUCAAGGUCGACACGCGCCCCAUCGAUAACUUGACCGACAUCGAGGGAGGCGUCAACAUCGCCUUCGCCGACGGCAACUCGAAGGAAGUGUGCUUCCUAGUUCACAAUCCUCUGACCAUCCCUCAGGGACCGUUUGCGAAGCAGCUGGGUCUGACUUUAUCGCAGACUGGGGACGUCCAAGCUGAUGCGCCAGCAUUCCAGACCACUGAGCGAGGGGUGUUUGCCGCUGGUGACUGCAUCUCCCCAUACAAGGUGAUUCCGCAUGCGAUCAUGACGGGGAACUUUGCUGCUGUUGCGGCGGCGACACAGAUCCAGGCUGAGAAGCACGGACAUUUCUCCAUGGUCUAG